GCGGACGGUCAUACUCGCUCUGUACUUGCCCAGAGAUACUGUUGUGCCUUACUGGAUAUCUGCACACGCACACACACUCGCUAUGGCGUCCACUUACGAAGUAAACAUUGAGGAUGUGGAGCCGCUAUCCCGCACCUACCAGUACCGCAAGGUCAUGAAGCCCAUGCUGGAGCGCAAGCGCAGGGCGCGCAUCAACAAGUGCCUCGACGAACUCAAGGACCUGAUGGUAGGCGCUCUCCAGUCUGAAGGAGAGACAAUCACCAAAUUGGAGAAGGCUGAUGUCUUGGAGCUGACAGUUCGUCAUCUGCGCAAACUGAAGCAGCACCACGCCCUCGCCCUGCCCACCCACAACCACGCCCACGACAAGUUUAGAGCUGGAUUUACUCACUGUGCCAACGAAGUGUCCCGUUUUGUGACUUCAGUCCCUGGAGUUGACAUCCACGUGUCGACCAGACUCCUGUCUCACCUCGGUGGAUGCAUCAAUCAAAUUGACAAGAUUUCAGUGCCUCAACCCGCUGCCCCUCUCACGCCCGCAGCCACGCCCACCUCCACGCCCACAGGCAUGGUGCCAAUCACAGUGACAGUGCCUCGUGUAUACACCCCUCCAGCCAGCCCUGAGUCAAAGCCCAGCCCAACAAGCCUGCCCAUCAUGGUGUCUCCACAACCCACCGCAGUCAGCCCCAAGCCCGGCAGCCCAAGCCAGCAGAUGUCCAUCGCUGCUGGUCGUGUGGGAGUGCCUGCAGGAAGCCCAAUGUGGCGCCCGUGGUAGUGUCGUGACCCAAGAAACCUGCUCCAUAGUACCUGAGUGACGGUGUACCGUCGCCUAUGUCUCUCCCUCCCCGGUUCUCACACACACCAGACGCUUGUGCCGUGCUACUCAAGACUUUAUAUAAGAGUUCCACUAGCUGUCUUGUAUACUCAAGUGGCUCCUGUCGCUCUCAGCGCUCCCAGCGUGCGAGAUCAACGUCGCCUCCAGCAUCCCAGCGUACGAGAUCAGCGUCGCCUGCAGGAUGUAGAUGCCCCAAGUAACCACUACCUGAGAGUCGACCACUGCGCCUAGCCCCUCCCGGCCCUCACUUCAAUAAAGAGACCCGCGGCCCACCUGUUGCGCAUCCAUUGCGCUGUGAUAUCUUCUGUGAUACUUGUCUUUCAAACAGAGUCAAUUACAAUAUAUAUUUUGUUUAAUUCUUGUUAAUAAAACAGUUCCAAAUGUA